AUGAAAAUUGCAAUCAUAGGCCAAUCGGCAUUCGGUGUUGAUGUUUACAAGGAGCUUCGAAAAAAUGGACACGAAGUUGUAGUUGUGUUCACAAUUCCAGAUAAGAAUGGAAGAGAAGACUUGCUUGCAAUCGAAGCAGCCAAGGACUGUGUUCCAGUCCAGAAACCUGCUCGUUGGCGUAAGAAGAAUCCAGAAACUGGAAAGUUUGAGACCCUUCCGGAAAUGCUUGAACUAUACAAAUCGUAUAAUGCAGAGCUGAAUGUUUUACCAUUCUGUACUCAAUUCAUUCCACUCGAAAUCACCGAGGCUCCACCAAAGAAGAGUAUUAUCUACCAUCCAAGUAUUUUGCCAAAGCACAGAGGAGCUUCGGCUAUUAACUGGACUCUUAUCGAAGGUGAUGAAGAAGCUGGAUUGUCUAUUUUCUGGGCUGAUGAUGGACUUGAUACCGGACCAAUCUUGCUCCAAAAGAAAUGCAAGGUUGAAGAAAACGAUACUUUAAAUACUUUGUAUAAACGAUUCUUGUAUCCAGCUGGAGUGGCUGCUGUGGCCGAAUCAGUCGAACUCAUCGCUUCUGGAAAGGCUCCCCGUAUUGUUCAACCAGAAGAAGGUGCUUCCUACGAGCCAUACAUCACUACAAAACCAGAAUUAGCCCAAAUCGACUGGUCGAAAACUCAAAGACAACUCCAUAACUUCAUCCGUGGAAAUGACAAAGUUCCAGGAGCAUGGGCUAUCUUGAACGGAGAGAAAGUAUCGUUCUUCGGAUCGAAAUUGUGGAAACCAAAGAAGCUGCCAGAGGAUGCUGUUGAAGUUGCUGUUUCUGAAGUUCCAGGAGGAAAGGUUCUUGUUGAAGAUCGUGGGUUGUUGCUUCCUGGAUCAGACGGAAAAUGGGUCAUUGUUGAUACUGUAAAGAUUGGAACUAAGAUGAUUCCUGCUUCAAAGUACGGUCAAGGAGCUGAUCAAGUCCAAGAAUUGGUGCUCACUGACGAAGAGAAGGAUACAGUUGCUAAACUGAAGAAGAUUUGGGCUGGAAUUCUAAAAUCCCAAGUGUCGAGUGAUACCGACUUCUUUGAAAGUGGAGCCAGUUCUGCAGAUGUUACUCGUCUCGUUGAGGAAAUUAAGUUCAAUACAGGAGCUGAGUUGGAAUCAGGACAUAUUUAUUCCGGACCAACUCUUGGAGAAAACAUUGAUAUCGUAAUCCGUAAUCUCCGUGGAGAGGGUGGACUCAGUGUGAGCUACGAUCCAAUUGUCUUGAAUGUCAACAACAUGGAACUCAAAUUUCCACACGAGCAAUUUAUCGAUGGAAAAUUCGUCGGAUCUUCUGAUGGACGUACUUUCCAAACCAUUAAUCCAGCCACCGAGAAACCAAUUUGUGCUCUUCCUUUGGCUACUGUAGCUGACGUGGACCGAGCAGUUCGAGCUGCUAAGAAAGCAUUUGAACGUGGAGAAUGGCGCCAAAUGUCAGCACGUGAACGUGGAAAGCGUCUGUACCGCCUUGCUGAGCUCAUGGAAGAACAUAAAGAAGAGUUGGCAACAUUAGAAUCUCUUGAUGCUGGAGCAGUUUAUACUCUUGCACUUAAAACUCACGUCGGAAUGUCCAUUGAUGUAUGGAGAUAUUUUGCUGGGUGGUGUGAUAAGAUUCAAGGAAAAACCAUUCCAAUUUCAAACGCACGUCCAAACAAAAAUCUAUGUUUGACUCUCCGUGAACCAAUUGGAGUCGUCGGACUGAUUACUCCAUGGAAUUAUCCUCUGAUGAUGUUGUCGUGGAAGAUGGCUGCGUGUCUUGCUGCUGGAAAUACAGUUGUCCAUAAGCCAGCUCAAGUGACUCCAUUGACUGCUUUGAAGUUUGCUGAACUCUCAGUUCUUGCCGGAAUCCCACCAGGUGUCAUCAAUAUUGUCACUGGAUCCGGAUCGUUGGUCGGUAAUCGUCUCACAGCUCACCCCGAUGUUCGUAAAAUUGGAUUCACUGGUUCUACUGAAAUCGGAGCAACUGUCAUGGAGUCAUGUGCCAAAUCUAACAUCAAGAAGGUGUCUUUGGAACUUGGAGGAAAAUCACCACUCAUUAUUUUCGCCGAUGCUGACCUAGAGAAGGCAGUGAAACAAGCAUGUGGAGCAGUUUUCUUCAACAAAGGAGAGAAUUGUAUUGCUGCUGGACGAGUUUUCAUCGCCAAAUCAAUUCACGAUGAUUUUGUUAAAAAGCUUGUAGAAGAAGCUAAGCAAUAUCAAAUCGGAGAUCCACUUGAUAGAUCGACAAAUCAUGGACCACAAAAUCAUCUGGCUCAUUUGAAUAAACUUGUCGAAUACGUAGAAAAUGCAGUUCGCGAUGGAGCUAAAGUUGAAAUUGGAGGAAAACGAUUGGAACGAGAAGGGCUGUAUUUCCCUCCGACUAUCCUUUCGAAUAUUGAUGAUGAGAACUUUGCUGCUAGUGAAGAAUCAUUCGGACCGAUUAUGUGCAUUUCUAGCUUCGAUGAUGACGAUGUGGAAGACGUUCUUCGCCGUGCGAACGAUACUGAAUUUGGUCUUGCGGCUGGAGUCUUCACCCGUGAUGCAUCAAAGUCUCUCCGUGUCGCCGAAGCACUUCACGCUGGUACCGUAUUCGUGAACACCUAUCAGAAGACCGACGUAGCUGCUCCGUUUGGUGGUUUCAAACAAUCUGGAUUUGGAAAAGACAUGGGAGAGGAAGCUCUGAAUGAGUAUUUGGUUACUAAAACAAUUACCAUCGAGUACUGA